UUGUAUUGUCAUACCAGUUACACCGCCUUCACUUCAUUUGCCCACUGCCUGGCCACUGAUUUAUACACACACAUCAUUUUUGUGAUUUUAAUCGCUGACAUUUUUCGUAUUUUUUUUCUUCUUUUUUUAAGACACAAAAGACGCUCUUCACUGGGCUUUUUUUUUUUUUGCAGUUGAAAGGAAUGAGUAGACUCAAAAGCUCUUUGCGCUGGAUUUGACACAAGCUGCGAUUGGAUUAAAAGCCAUUUAACGGACUAAGAUUUUAUUGUUAUUUGGACGUGCUUGUUUACAGUUGAGACGAGUGGAUUCAAUUCUGCUUCACGGGAGCGUCGAGAUGAGCAAAACCAAGAACAAAAGCGAGAACAAGACAGAAAAGGCCCUGGCGGCGGAGAAGGAACAGUUUGGAAAGCAACAGCUGCAAUACAUCAGCAAGUGCCUGACCUCAACUGAAGCACCUCCCAAAUCGAAAUAUGUGCGCAACAUCCUUCUUGGCAGUCACAAGGAGGGCGGGGCGGCCACCAUGUGGUCGUACAUCCUCAACCUGCCGCUGUCCAGCAACGCCAUCAUUAGCUGGAAGUUCUGCUACCUGCUGCACAAAGUGCUGAGGGACGGACAUCGCAACGCUGUCAGGGACUCGCACAAAUACUGUCGCAACGUGAAAGACAUGGGCGCAUUGUGGGGAAACCUGCACGAUCGCUACGGUCACAUCGUCGCCUUAUCGGCAAAAUUUCUCUGCCACAAAAUGGAGUUUCACGACCAGCACAAAGUCAUUCCCGGCAACCUGGAGGCCUCUGACGAGACUUUGGAGCGAGAAGCCGGAAGCGACAUGAACAGAGUGCUGGAUAUGACUCAGGAGCUGUUGGAAUACUUGGACGCCGGGCUCAAGAUGGCCGAGACCGUCCUGCGUCAGCUGGAGACCAACGGAGCCAAACCCAACACGCCGGCGGGUCAGUGCCGCCUCAUCCCUCUGAUCCCGCUCAUCCCCGACUGCAGUUUCCUGUACCACUUCUGCGUCCGCCUCCUCUUCAAGCUCCACAGCCGGAUUGCGGCGGAUGUUCUUCUUGGCCACAGAGAGCGUUUCCGGGAGCUAUUCAACAGCCUCAAGCAUUUCUUCAACAAGGCCAGAGAAAUCGAGUUCUUCAAAACCAUCAUCCAGAUCCCGGAACUGCCAGAUGAACCUCCGAACUUUCUGCGUGCCGCCGCCUUGGCCGAGUACAAGAGGCCAGUGGUGGUGAUUGAAAAUGAGGAGCGCUUUGAUGACAUCGAGCCACAACCCGACUUACGGGAUUCCCAGCAGUAUUCCCUGCUGAAUCAGAUGGGCAUGCCUGACGCAGACCAAAAGGAGCACUACAAUGAGAAUGAGAGCCUGAAGCGAGAACUGGACGUCUUAAAACCAGAACUUCAACUCAUCAAAUCUGAGGCUCAGCGGUGUGUGACGGAGCUGCGGUCUCAAAUUAACCACCUUGAGGCGGAGGUGGAGGAGCACCGCACCCACAGGCAGAUGGCGCAGGUGGAGAACGAGCACCUGCGCAUGGAGGUGGAGGCGCUGCGCCAUGCCAACGUGGCCAACGUGGGCGCUCAGAUCGGAUUCAAGGAGGCCGACGGCCGCGCACAGGCGGCCGAACUUCGAUUCACUCAACUCAAAGAGAAACACGCCGAACUGGUCACCAGUCACGCUGAUCUCAUGAAGAAGAACGCGGACACUACCAAACAGCUGGCCCACACAAAACAAGACCAGGAGGACAUGUGGAGGACCAAACAGAAACUGGAGAGCGAGCUGGAAAACCUGCGUCGGGAGAAAAACAACUUGAUUCAGCUGCAGCAGAAUGAGGCCAAUCUGAAUACGGAACUCCUGGAGCAAAGAGCUGAGUUAGCGCUCCUUCGCAGCACCCUGGAAAGCAAGGAGAUGGAGGGCUCCCAGGCCCGCAGCAGCCUGGCCGCUCUGCAGGCGGAGCGCGACGCGCUGCUGCGCUCGGCCCAGCAGCGCGACGUCGAUUUGUCGUCACUGAGGCAGCAGCAAAGCACCGCUGACCUGGAGAGGGAUCGCCUGAGCCGUGAGCUGGAGACGCUCAGGGCGCAGCUGCAGCAGCAGCUGAACAUCAACGCCCAGCAAAAACUGGAGAUUGACAGGCUGCGUCGCGAGCUGGACACCGCGCGGGCCGAGCUGGCGCGGGUCACCAGCAGCCUGCAGAGCAAAGAGCUGAGCGGCUCGCAACUGAGCAGCACGCUGGCGGGCCUGCAGGCCGAGAGGGAGACGCUGCUGCGCUCGGCGCGGGAGCGGGAGGCCGAGCUGAGCUCGCUCCGGCAGCAGGCGCAGCUACAGCAGAGCUCUCUGGAGCAGGAACGCCAGCGCAGCAACAUGGAACUGGGGACCCUGCACGCCCAGCUGCAGCAGCAGGCCAAUCGCGAAGGCGAGCUGGCUCACAAGCUGCAGGAGGAGCAGUUCUGCCUGCUGCAGUGCGCCGUGGUGGAGGCGGAGGGCAUCAUCCUGGACGCCCUGGCCAAACUGGACGACCCCAUCCACGUGCGCUGCAUCUGCUCGCCUGAUUAUUUAGUGAAUCGCGCUGAGACCACUUUGGUGUCGGUGGACAAAAUGCAGCAGAGCCAUGUCAUCUACCUGGCAAACAGGAAUGACGCCAGCAGCCUGCUGCGGGCGGUCACUCAGUUCUCCCACAUGGCCGCCGACACCAUCGUGAACGGCGGCGCCACGUCGCACUCGGCCCCCACCGACCAGGCCGAUCGUUUGACCGACAGCUGCCGGGACUGCGCCAAUAACUGCCUUCACUUCUUGAAGGACUUAAAACUGCAGGCCAGCUUGCAGAGAGCCGACUCCACCGCCAUCCGCUACGCCGUACAGCGCAUCCUGGCCUUGGGGCAGGAGCUGCGUCCCAAGGGGCAGGACGUCCUUAAAGAGGAGCUGGGCAACAUGGUGGACAAGGAGAUGAUCGCCACCUCCACCGCCAUUGAAGAAGCUGUCCUGCGAAUGGACGAGAUUUUGUCCCAGGCCAGAAGGGACACAAGUGGCCUGAAGCUGGAAGUCAACCAGAGCAUCCUGGGCUCCUGCUCCGACCUCAUGAAGGCUGUCCACAUGCUGGUGACGGCCUCCACGGAUCUCCAGAAGGACAUUGUGGAAGGAAGCAGGGGAGCAGCUUCUGUCACGGAAUUCUACGCCAAAAACUCCCGCUGGACAGAGGGUCUGAUCUCGGCCUCCAAAGCGGUGGGCUGGGGCGCCACGCAGCUGCUAGAGUCCGCCGACCGCGUCGUGACCGACAACGGGACGUACGAGGAGCUCAUCGCGUGCUCCCACGAGAUCGCCGCCAGCACCGCCCAGCUGGUCGCCGCCUCGAAGGUGAAGGCGGAGCGCGGCAACAGGAAGCUGUCCACGUUGCAGCAGGCCUCGCGCCACGUCAACGACAUGGCCGCCGUGGUGGUCACCUCCACGAAGCACGGGCAGCAGCAAAUCUCGGAGCAGGGAGUGAUGGACUUCUCCGGAAUGUCACUCAUCAAGUUGAAAAAAGAGGAAAUGGAGGCUCAGGUGCGGGUGCUGCAGCUGGAAAGUCAGCUGGAUCAGGAGCGCGUCCGCCUGGGCGAGCUGAGGAAGCGCCACUACGACUUGAGCCCCCCGCAGGACGGCGACAUUCUGGACGGUGACGAGAGCUUCCCCCCGCCGCCCCCGCCCACUUUACUGGACGCCGCCUCCUUCCCGCCACCCGAGCCCGCUGCCGUUCCCUCCUUUGCGUCCACGAACCCCUUUGCGCCUGCCGGAUCGCAAUCCUUCGCGCAGCCUCGGUCCUACGCGCCGUCGCAGUCAUUCUCACCAUCUCCGGCUUACGCGCCAUCGCAAGCUUACAUGUCAUCGCCACCGUACGCGUCUUCCCAAGCGUACGCUCCAAUGCCUGGCCAGAAUUACCUGAAAAGUCAGUCCUACUCCAGCUCCCAAACCUCUUCGCCGGCAGCUAGCCACUCCCAGCGCUUGCCGCAGUCCCAGAGCACCGACUCCAAGAGCGCGGAAUCCGGAAAACUCAACCUGAGGAGACCAAGCAUCUUCUCCAAAUCGGGGAACCUGUUCAAGAACGCGUUCAGACGAGGGGAAGCGGGAAGCGGGACCGGCGAGUCUUGAGGCCGGCCAGAAGCGGGGCUUCGGAUCGCGGGGAUAAAACAGUUUGAUCUCAUUUAUGUCUGCCAACAUCUUUCCGUUCCAAAGUGAUCAAAAGAAGCACGAAAACGCUUUCGCCAUCUAGUGUUUGGAUGUCGGAACUCGCCGUAGAGCUAACGCUAACUUGGAGCCAUACCGAGACAGCUUUCUUCACUGUUAAUAUCCAUCAAAUUCCCGCACGUUUUCGGUCCGUCUCUUUUCUGUAUUUUGAUGGAAUUCUGAAGCUUGAUUAAAUGCCUGAGAAAGCCAA